GCCGGCGGCGGGCGCGCGCAGGCGCAGUACGCACGCGGCCGCCGCGCAGAGCACGCGUGAGUUAGCGAGCGAGUGACAGUGACGUGAUGUUGCACGACGCGUGGCCCGCGCAGGCGCACUGGCACGCGCGCCCCGAGCACUUCGAGCUGGACGCCUUCAUCGCCGAGGUGAACAACAACUGCAGCAAAGAGGGCGCGGGCGCGGGCGCGGACGGCGCGGACAGCGGGCGCGCGUUCGGCUACGCCCCGCCUUCGCCCGGCGCCGCGGCGCGCAGCUACCAGGAGCUGCGGCCGGCGCGCUACGAGGCCGAGGCGUACGCGCGCCGCAGCCCGCGCAGCGCCUCGCCCGACGACUACCGCGCGCUGCCCUACGACGCGUACGCGCCGCCGCCCUACGGCGACCACCUGCACCCCGCCGACGGGGGCGGAGGCGGCGGCGGAGGCGGAGGCGGAGGUGGAGGCGGCGGCGGCGGCGGCGGCGGCGUGUACGCGCGCUGCGGCUACGGCGGCGCCGGCUCGCCCUACUUCGGCGGCGUGGAGCUGCCGCCGGGCCAGCUGUGGGCGUGCGGCUCCAGCGCCGGCGGCUCGCCCAGCUACGCGCCGCUGGACGAGUUCGAGGCCGACGCGCCCGACGCGGCGCCCGGCGCGCUGCCGGCCUUCAGCGCGCGCUUCGGCGGGCCCUUCGCCGGCGCGCGCCCCGCGCUCUACGCGCCCGCGCUGCCCAACAACACCUAUGCGCAAGCGGACGUAUGGAGCAUAGAAGGCGGGAGAAGGACGCAGCUGCCCGCCUCCGCCAGCCUCUCUGCCUUCGAGGCGGAGCUGUUCACGGAGGGCCGCGAGUGCGUGAACUGCGGCGCCAUUCACACGCCGCUGUGGCGCCGCGACGGCACCGGCCACUACCUGUGCAACGCGUGCGGCCUGUACACCAAGAUGAACGGCAUGAACCGGCCGCUGAAGCAGCCGCGGCGGCUGGUACGUCAGCGCCACGCCGCGCCCGCGCCCGCAGACCAGCUGGGCGCCAAGCGGCCGGGCGUGCUGUGCAGCAACUGCCAGACGGGCACCACGUCGCUGUGGCGCCGCAACGCGCAGGGCGAGAACGUGUGCAACGCGUGCGGCCUGUACUACAAGCUGCACGGCAUCAACCGCCCGCUCGCCAUGAAGAAGGACUCCAUACAGACGAGGAAGAGGAAACCCAAGAGCGCAUCGAACCUGAAGAAUAAAGUUAACAACAUCAAAAUAGAAUUGGAGUCGGUGAAGGCGAACGCGUCGGCGGUGCACCGCUCGCCGCUCACGUUCGGCUACUACGUGCAGCCGCACCAGCCGCAGCCGCAGCCGCAGCCGCAGCCGCCGCCGCACGCCGUCAAGCUGGAGGAGCCGCCGCCGGCGCACGCGCAGCCGGCGCUCGGCCAGCCGUACUACGAGGAGUACCGGCGCGCCGAGCCCGCCGAGCGCCUCGAGCGCCCCACCGUCGUGUCGCUCGGCAGCUGAGGACGCGGCCAGCGCACUCGCAGAGCAUUUGCAGAUGAUGUCGAGAGCUGUCGCCGGUCAGCUGCCACAAUACUAUAAGACUGUCCCCGACAUGCCGCGUGUCGCAUUCCUACGUAGUUGUAAAGCGCCGGCGGACCGCGCGCGUCCGCAGCGCGACUCCAUGACUUCGAAUACAUUCCACGAAUUUAUAGCUGUAAGGCGUAGCGCGAGGUCACCACGUGAAGAUCUCGAAUUAAGUUUUAUAUAAAUGCGCCCGCCCCCCGCCCGCGCCCCCGCCCGGGUCGUUUCACACAAUCUAAUCGCAAUUAAGAUGAAAGGAGACGAACUUUUACAUAAUAUAUCGAUUUAAACAGUAGCUCAAUAGUUGUUUAAGAAUAUGCUCUAAUAUGUUAUUCACGAACCUAGGAGGGUCGCACGGACCACGGCGCGGUCUGCGAGUCCCGCACUCGUCACUCUGAUGUCAGUGCCCGCGGUCUGUGUGACAUCUGUGCGUAGACUGUGGCUCCUGACGAAGUACCUGACACACGUCACACGAGCGACUGUAUGGUGACGUGGCAGCGCUCGAGUUUGCGCGUUUGUACGUUUCCUUGUAGUUAGUACCGUGUUCAGUGGCGUGCACUUCGUAUAUUAUGCAAAAGUGCACUCGGUACUCUGAAGAUACAUAAUGACCUGUGAGAAAAGUGUUCAUUUGAUACAAUUUGUACGUGUAGUGCUUACCCUAGUUAAAAAUCUUGUGCACACAACUGACCAUGUUCAUAUAAUCUCGAACUGACUGUCAUUCGUUCCACCACACAAGGAGUCGUCGUAAACAUAACGUCUGUUCAAUGAAGCAGUCUGAAGCACCGACAGCGUCCAAAGAUUUUCUACUAGGUACCUAUGAUACGUGCUUACAAAAUUACCGUAAAAAAUUAUCCGAAUUUUGCUAUUCCACGGAGUGCACACAUUCUGAACACACAACUCGACAUUGUACACAAUAUUUGGGUGUUAUUUGUGUAUUAUAUAACUUUCAUUGUUUACAAUGCGACUAAACGAAAUUAAGCCAAGGAGCCACUUUUGUCCGCUUCAGUUUGUAAAUACGCGCGACAUAUCUAAUACAUAAAAUCUUUGGCCGUCCCGCACCGACGCGAGCGAGCGCUGGAUGCCAAACGAAGUAAAUAAAUAAGACCUCUACGUCUCCGAGCUGGAACCUAAUUUUAAUGAGCUCCCGUAUUAGGGUUCAUUUACACGAGCAGCAACUGCUACCGACGACUGCAGUCGACGACGUCUCUACGACAGUCGACUGCGGUCGCUGAUGCCGUCGACUGCAGUCGUCCGCGGCCGUUGGCACGUGCUGCUCGUGUAAGUGAACCCUAAGACUUGUACAGUGCUGUGAUACGCUGUACUAUUCAGAUUUAAAAUGAAAAGUACGAGGACUGCACAAGUUAUCGUCCGGAAAGACAUGAGCGAACGAAGUUUCCGGCUCGGGGACGUAGGACGGAACUACAGAGUACACGAUACGAGCACCUACACAGUAGACGGAACUCGAUUGCUCCAUUUACCUAAAUGUAUCAAACCCGUCACAGCAAGUCGCAGCGCUCGCGGCUGUGCACCGGCACGCCUGUUGAAUGAAGUGCACUUGUGCACUCGAGCUCUCCGACUGUGUCGUGUAUCGUGUCGCCGCCAGUGCACGUGCGCUCGUGCCGCGCUACACAAACAGUCGCUCGUGCAAACGUUUACACUCGAGGCUCGCCCCGCGCACAUCCAAAGGCACAUUUUUUGUAAAAUAUCGUUAAUUCGUCGCUCACCUCAGUCACACGCGGCCGGCCGGAGCUAGGGUUGCCACCUUAUUUUUAUAUAAAGAAAAAAUACCUUGCUCAGAAAUAAAGUACAAUUAACUUAAUUUUUUAUUAAUUUAAUUAUUUAAAUUUUUUAUCCCCGUUUUCCCACAGGAACCGGAACUUAACUAAUUCAUCGGAAUUUUAACUAAUUAUUAUUAUUUUUCUCACAAAGUAUAGAGUACAAAUACCCGCAAUGACGUACAAUAUUUAGCAUAUUGUGGGUGACAACCCUAUGCGGGCGGGCGGGCGGGCGGGCGGCGGUCGCUCGCACAGAUCUGAUACCUCUCUAUGUAAUGUUAAGCCGAAUAAGUUCAAUUGUACAAUGUCAACGAGCCAAAGUCAAUGAUGUAGGUAGGUGUGAGACACGCGCACGGCGCGCCGCGGCGCACCACACGCACUCUGACACUGGGAUGAAUCUCUGACGCUUCGAAUAUAUUGUAUAAUAAGUAUAUGCCAAAUAUAAUGUUAUUGUAAUGUUUAUUGUCGUGCGGCGCGGCGUGGCGCGGCAUGGCGCGAGCUGUAGCGAGGCGGAGAGAAUAUCAUAAUAUUAUAUAGCGUUUAGUAACAAUAUCAUGUAGGACAUAUUAUUAUUAUUAUUUACAGAUGAUUUAUGAAGUGAAUAUUUUAUAAAGAGACCCGCGUUGUUUCGCGGUCAUAGUUGUUGUUGCUGCGGCUCGCUGCGGCUCGCUGCGGCUCGCUGCGGCCCGCUGCGGCGCGCCGCACGCUCCGCAGCGGUGACUAUAUGUUUAUGUAAAUAUAAUAGGUAUAAGAGAUGAAAGUACAUUUUAAUAAAUUGACAUAAUAUUAAAUA